CCUAUAUAAGCCUCAUUCUCAUCUCGCUCCCAAAACCCUAGAACUCACCCCCCUCCGCCGCCGCCGCCGCCGCAGCACCGCCGCUCGCCAUGGGUAUCGACCUCGUCGCCGGCGGCCGGAACAAGAAGACCAAGCGCACGGCGCCCAGAUCCGAGGAUGUCUACCUCAAGCUCAUCGUCAAGCUUUACCGCUUCCUGGUGCGGAGGACCAAGAGCCCGUUCAACGCCGUGAUCCUGAGGCGGCUCUUCAUGAGCAAGACCAACCGCCCACCGCUCUCGCUCCGCCGUCUCGUCAGGUUCAUGGAGGGCAAGGAGAACCAGAUCGCCGUGAUAGUUGGCACCGUUACGGACGACAAGAGGGUCUACGAGGUGCCGGCGAUGAAGGUGGCCGCGCUCAGGUUCACGGAGACCGUGAGGGCCCGCAUCGUGAAUGCUGGCGGCGAGUGCCUUACAUUCGACCAGCUGGCGCUCCGUGCUCCUCUGGGCCAGAACACGGUUCUCCUGAGGGGUCCUAAGAAUGCUAGGGAAGCAGUGAAGCACUUUGGUCCUGCACCUGGAGUGCCACACAGCAACACCAAGCCUUAUGUGCGGUCGAAGGGAAGGAAGUUUGAGAAGGCAAGAGGAAGGAGGAACAGCAAAGGCUUCAAGGUCUAAGUUAUUGCCUGUUAUUCAUGUGCUUGCACCAAAUGGGCUACAUAUCUCUUGUUUGAGUUUCCGAAUUUCUUGUGUUGUUGCUCAAGUGCCAGGAUCAACUAAAUUUUGCUCGAAUGUUAUGCACUUCGAAUCAGAAAAUUGCAGAUGUUGUCAGCACGUUAG